AUGGAUGUGUUUGCGAAUGGUGAGUCGCCUCUCAAGAUUGUUGAAGAGCAUGAUACGUUUGAUUCACAGCUUCUGAAUGAUUUAUUGUUUUCUACGCUAAGUUCGGAGGUGAGUAACACUAGCGGGGCGAGCAGUGGUAGACAGGAAGAUAAUGAGAUAGAUGAUGUAGGGAGAAAGCAAGAGGCAGAUGAGCAGCAGUUCUGUGGUGGUAGUGAUGAGGAAUUGUUUAACGCUUUUAUUAAUACAGAUAUUCUACCUCAUGAAGCGGGUGGUAGUCAUCAGGCAUUGGGCGCAGAGGGGAGCGGCUUAAUGAGUGGGCAUGGGGUAGAGAAGGAGCGUGGGGAGCGGCAGUUGAGCCGGGACGUCAGUGGUAGGAGUGAUAAUCUGGGUUUGGAAGAGCAGGUAUCGGUAGCAAGAUCCCAAGUUGGUGGUGGGGAGCCCUUGGUUGGUUCAAAUUGUGUUCUUUCUAAGAGUCAGCCGUUGGUGUCACCUUUAUCCUCACGUGUGGCCACGCCGCACUCCUCUUACUAUCAGCAAUGCGAAAAUUUCUUUAAUCAGAGGCUAGAGUUUGGUCGUACUGAGCCCUUGAGGACUGCUUAUCUGAAUCCUGUGGACUUUUUAGACCUUGACAUGUCAAAGUUGCCGUAUACCCUGACAGUAUCUGAUAUGCCCACUCGAUCACGUGUAGAGACACAGAUAAAGCUAGAUUUAACUAUAUCUCCGGCACCAAAACAGUACCUAAUUCAUCUACCUAGUGACUGCAUUACAAAACAAAAGUUGUAUCUCCGUGCGGAUGAAGGCAGUAAUCCACCUGAUGUUAGGAACGAAAUGCUGUAUUUAGAGGCUUUUUUGAUCUGUACGUCAAACAACAAGGCUACUUAUGUUUGCAAUCGGUGUGUUAAGAGGGAACAGCGACGUGCGGCAAGACGCAAGUCAGGAUUGAGUGAUAAUUUAAUAUGGUGUAACAAUGAAAAUAGGCGGGCGGUCGUAUUCAACAGUAAGCAGGUAUUCUUAAUCAAGCAGGAAAAUUGUACGCCAACAUCUAAGUCAUUCUCCUUAUCUACGAGAAUCGUAUGUUAUUGUAGGCACCAUAAAGAGCCCGAGGGUUUCAGAGUGAUGUUUAUUUUACGCGAUGCGAACGGCGAAAUACUGGCUAAGAAUGUAACGUCACCAAUUAUGAUUAUGGAUAAGAAGUCUAACAAGCGGGUCGCUGAAGGGCUAAAAGGGGGUGAAUCAAAUUCAGCUACGGAUCUGUCCUCAUUGGCUAAAACUGCAGGUGAAUGUAGUACCGCUCCAACUAGUGAUUUCAGCGGGGCGGAAAAUUCUUCAAAUAACAAGGAGCCCCCAACGUCUACCGGAGUUCAAUUUUUAACCAAUGCACCAAUGCUCUCUCCCUCUUCAAUCGGUGCAGAUAGUUCAGAAACAACGGGCAACGCUGAUUUAUCCCAACAUUCUCAUUCUCUCCACUUCGCUAGCUCAUCUGCAGCUGCUGCACAGCGUGCCAGCGGUUACAAAAGGAAGAGGACAUGGCCCGACCCACCUUUCCCAAUUUUAGAGACCUCUUCAAGGGGUGCUGUUUCUGCUUCUGAUAGAUCAUAUUCUAUGUCUGCUGCUGUGGCGAGUUCUAAUCACUUGACCUCUAUGACUCAAUUGCAACAACAUGCAGCGCUGCCUAAACAAUCACAAAUAGCACAACAAAAUAAGCCAUUUAUUCAUCGUGUUAUUCCAAACCAAGGGCCAAUUAAGGGCGGUACCGAAGUUACGUUGUUAGGGACCAACUUUAGACCGGGCGAUAUCGUAAAAUUUGGUGAAAAUAGGGCCCUUUCAACUCAAUGCUGGAGCGAUUCAACCAUAGUCACAUAUUUACCUCCUGCUGCGUCUCCCGGGAAGGUUCUGGUUUCUGUUUUUAGCCAAGAGGAUUUAGAGCAGGACAUGUUGGGUGUAUUGCCAAAAAGCACUGUUAUUUUCACUUAUGUGGAUGAUACCGAUAGGCAGUUGAUCGAACUAGCCCUUCAGAUUGUUGGUUUAAAAAUGAAUGGAAAAUUAGAAGAUGCGAGGAACAUCGCUAAGCGCAUUAUUGGUAGUGAUGCAGGCUCAUCAAGCGACUCAACCCCUAACAAUGUUCCAAAUAGCGGUCAGAUGUAUAGAAAUCAACUGUUAUAUUCUGAUGAAAAUCUGUUAGUCAAGGUUAUCAAAUUGCUCAACCCAACCUCUAAUUUGUCCAUGUGCACUGAAGAGGGCCAUACAAUGUUACAUUUAGCUUGUUUAAAAGGAUACCAUCAACUAGUUUCCUUGUUAGUUAGAAAAGGCGCACGUGUUGAAGUAGGAGACUCUUACGGCUUCACUCCGCUCCAUUUUGCCUGCCUAAAUGGUGAUGCCAAAAUAAUAAGGUUAUUGGUUCAGUGCAAGGCUCAGGUUUCAACAGAAGCCAAAAACGGUACAAACCCGGUGGGAUUGUUUUUAGCUAACCACCAAACAAAUGAUGAAAGGUAUAAGCAUUAUUUCAAUGAGGUAAUGGACGUUUUAACAAAAUCUGACUAUGAGUUUGACAGUUAUAACUUAGGACAGAGAAAACUGUCUGUUUCAAGUUGUCAGUCAAGCUUGUUUGACGAAGAGUCAAUAAAUUCAGUUGAAGAAGCCUUUCAUGCUGAUGAUUCAAAAUCCAUUUAUGGCAGCUUUUCGAGUGGUUCGGAAGAAGAGUCAAGCAAUUAUGAAGAGGAUGGUGAUGAGAGUCUGCUUUAUAAUGAUGAAUCUUCGGAACAAGCAGACUUCCGUGGUCACACACCCGUUAUUGAUGAUGAUGCUACAUCCAGUUCCAUUAGGGGAAGUAGCACUGUAAGGACACGCACACAGACAAUCCUAAGCCAAGUGAGUAUAUCGCCCAACAAUGUAGAUAGCCACGAAAACUCAAACAGGAAUACGUCGAGUCAUGAAAAUUCUCUAUGGAACAGGGUUCUGAGUGCCUUUAAUGACAGUCCGCCAAACUAUGAGGAUUUAUUCCCGUCUACCGAAAACCAGGUAGUAUUAGAUUCAAAGUUACAAGUGUCCUCAGCAACUCCACAUACACCACAUAAUUUGAUAUUCGAUAACCCUUGUCCUUCUAUCCUUGCUGAUGAAUUACAAACGUCUUCUGAAGAUGAAGAUGAAGCCCUUCAAGCAAGGUUUAAUAGAUUCUUCCAAGAACGGACAAACUUCCAAAAUGAUAAGAUGUUAUUACUAUUUUGGCUUCCUCUCCUAGUAAUAUUACUGCCGUCAUUCCUACUCAUAAAAUUCGGCCAAGAUGGCAACACUAUACAGCAUAUUUCUCAGAAAGCUUCUGAGUGUUUAAGGAUGUGGGUCGUAAAAUUCAUGUUGGGGAAUGAAAGGAUGAAAACGAUGUUUAGGGAAUCUCUGAACAAUUUUCAAAGCCGGCGAAUAUUGGGAGACGUACUAGUCACAUAA